UUUUUUUUGGUGAUUUCCAGUAAGUUCUCCUUACUUUUUUUUUUCUUUUCUUUUUCUCUUUCCAUCUUCUCAUACUGUUAUCAAAACUAUUAUGAAAGAGAAAAAGCCAUUAUCCGUUGUUAGUCGUUUCUCUCUAUUUCUGAAUACCAUUGGUUUAGUUUCCAACCUCACUUGUCUUUAUGCUGUACAUUAUGUCUAUCAUAAUCCUUAUGCCAACGGUUUUGGUGGUCACUUUCAGUAUUUGACUAUACUUGGUUUGACUUGGGCUACUUUUGCUUUUGCAAUAAAUAUUUAUCGAUUCUUUUGUCCAACAAGCUUGACAGGAUUACAUGACCUUGUUAUUCAUGUGGCUAUACCGUUGGAAGCUAUUGUGAGCUUUUUGUAUUGGGGAAUGACCUACAUAGACCCUGAAUUAUUAAUCCCUAAGGAGGUGGAACCUAUCCCUUGGGUGAUGGAUGGCGCUUUACAUCUUUAUCCCACGGUACUUAUUUGGAUGGAUUUUUUACUGUUAAAUACAACAUUCAGAAGAGCAUGGAGACAUACCGUUUAUAUCUAUGGAUUUGUAUUUGCCUAUUAUGUAUGGUCUUGUUAUUGUCAAUCUCGGAAUGGUUAUUAUCCUUAUGGUUUUUUGGAAUCCUUUGAAUCUUCAUGGACAAGAUUUAGUUUUUAUUUUGUCUCUGGUACUAUUGCAUGGUUAUCGUAUGAAGCAGGUAAGAAAAAUUAUAUAUGAUGAUGAAUUUUCUUAUUUUUUUUUUAAUUAAUAUAUAUAGGUGCCAUGGUUCAUUCCAGAAUUCAUUCAACUAUUCAUGCUAAAAAACAAGUUUAAGGCUGCCUUUGAAAUAAUACUUUUUUUUUUCUUGGUUCAAUCCUGAUUCUCUCUUUUGGUUGGUGGUUUUUUUUUCCCCUUCAUCAUCUCACCCCAGCUGCCAUUGUAUUUUAUCCUCUUCCCACGUCACAUCAAUAAACAAUUUUUUUUUUAAAACCUCGAA